UGACUGAGCCCUCUGACCUGCCGCAGGCCCCCCAAGGAUGGCGGACAAGGUGGUUCCAAGGCAGGUGGCCCGGCUGGGACGCACCGUGCGGCUGCAAUGCCCUGUGGAGGGGGACCCACCGCCACUGACCAUGUGGACCAAGGAUGGCCGCACAAUCCACGGCGGCUGGAGCCGCUUCCGUGUGCUGCCCCAAGGCCUCAAGGUGAAGGAAGUGGAGCGGGAGGACGCCGGCGCCUACGUGUGCAAGGCCACCAACGGCUUUGGCAGCCUCAGCGUCAACUACACUCUCAUCGUGAUGGAUGACACUGGCCCAGGAAGGGAGCGUCUGGGGCACGAUGGCUCCUCUGGGGGCCAGGAGGACGCAGCCAGCAAGCAGUGGGCGCGGCCCCGCUUCACACAGCCCUCCAAGAUGAGGCGCCGGGUGAUCGCACGGCCCGUGGGCAGCUCCGUGCGGCUCAAGUGCGUGGCCAGUGGGCACCCGCGGCCCGACAUCAUGUGGAUGAAGGACGACCAGGCCUUGACGGGCUUGGAGGCCGGGGAGCACGGGAAGAAGAAGUGGACGCUGAGUCUGAAGAACCUGCGUCCCGAGGACAGUGGCAAGUACACGUGUCGCGUGUCCAACCGCGCAGGGGCCAUCAACGCAACGUACAAGGUGGACGUGAUCCAGCGGACGCGCUCCAAGCCCGUCCUCACGGGCACGCACCCCGUGAACACGACCGUGGACUUUGGGGGCACCACGUCCUUCCAGUGCAAAGUGCGCAGUGACGUGAAGCCGGUGAUCCAGUGGCUGAAGCGUGUGGAGUACGGCGCCGAGGGCCGCUACAACUCCACCAUCGACGUGGGCGGCCAGAAGUUCGUGGUGCUGCCCACGGGCGACGUGUGGUCGAGGCCCGACGGCUCCUACCUCAAUAAGCUGCUUAUCGCCCGUGCACGCCAGGACGACGCGGGCAUGUACAUUUGCCUGGGCGCCAACACCAUGGGUUACAGCUUCCGCAGCGCCUUCCUCACUGUGCUGCCAGGUGUGUGCGCCGCCCCCCGCCCCGGCCGCGCGACGCAGCGUGGCCCCUGCCCCGGCCGGGCCUCC